GAGUCAGUCACGGUGGAACUUUCCACCAUGGUGCGAUCUCAGCUGAUCCCGGAUCCGUGUCGAGUCACCGGAGUCACGCGUCUGGACGAUGUCUGAUGUGCGCAGAUAACUGGUAAUUACCAAGGUCGGUAAAUACUGUCGCCGCGCCGUGUUUACGCCGGCGCCGCGUCUACCGACCUUGGUAAUUACUGGAGUCGGUUGGCGAAUUGGACCGUGUUCAGACGCGUUUUGUCCGGAAGAAAUUUUUUUUUGUAAAGUAUCGCAACUGUCACCAUCUGCAUUGUUUAACAAUCAGUAUAUACCUUGUACCGGCGCCUUUCGAGGCCUCCAACCUUUGUAAUUUACGCCGCUGGCGACUUAUACGACGAGUGGAGCCCCGGCCUUAUUUAGACGGCCAAAUUAUAAGAAUUAAGAAGAAGACUGGUAAUUACCGGACCGUUAUCCGGGUUAUCACCCGAUAAUACGUACAAAGUCCCGAUGGCGAAAACACGGGUGAUGUCCGCGAUAAACGUGAAGGCGCUCACAAAUCAGAAUGUCUGGAAAUUCUUGAAGUCGUUCGACACCGUGCUGACGGACUGCGACGGCGUGCUAUGGAUGUACAAGACGCCCCUGCCGCAUUCGGCGGACGUCGUGAAUCUGUUCCACAGGCUCGGCAAGCGGGUUUUCUACGUGACGAACAACAGCACGAAGACCCGGGAUGACCUCGUGGAGAAGUUCCGGGCCCUGCAGUUUGAGGCGACCAAGGAUGAUAUUUUGUGUACCGCUCACCUGUCAGCGAGUUAUCUACAAAGCUUGGGCUUUCGCAAGAAGGUUUACGUUAUUGGUUCCAAAGCGAUCGGGAAGGAAUUGGAGGAGGCUGGUAUCUCGUAUUGCGGAAUAGGGCCGGACCCAAUUAAUCAGAAUAUGUAUUCCGUUUUCAAGAAGGACCCUGAGGUAGCCGCGGUUAUAGUCGGUUUCGAUGAACACUUCAAUUAUCCUAAAAUGGUCAAAGCGGCUACGUAUCUGAAUGACGCCAAUGUACAUUUCAUUGGAACCAACACGGAUCAGAGGGAUCCAGCUUCAAAUGAUGUCGUGAUACCUGCUACAGGAUGCCUGGUUAAAUGUAUAGAAAAUUGCUCAGAGAGAAAGGCGAUGAUUGUGGGUAAACCGGAUAAAUAUAUGGCUAAAAUGUUGAUGGAACAAUCCAACGUUGAUCCCCAGCGUACUUUAAUGAUCGGAGACCGGGGCAACACCGAUAUACUCUUUGGAAAUCGCUGCGGUUUUACGACUCUGCUAGUCCUGACGGGAGUGACCGCUUUGUCGGACGUCGAAAGAUGGAAGCAGUCCGACCGACCGGAAGAACGGAAUUUCGUACCGAAUUACUACAUAGACGCGCUUGGCGACUUAUUACCGUACUUAAAAAAACUAGAAACUGAAAUGUCACAAAUUCGCAAGAUUUAGCCGUGAAGAAGGAAAGUAUGAGCGCCAUAACACUUUAAUAAAGAUAAUGCGACUUUUUAGAACAAAUCCGUACAUAUAUGGAAUACUAGCUUGAUACACCCUUGCUUCGCUACGGUAUGCAAAGGAUUCCUAUAAUUCACCUCCGAAUUUAGAUUUGCUCCUUUAGGGGUUGAUUAGGGCAAAAUUUUGAAUUAUGUUUUUAACCAUUUGUAUGGGUAAUUUUUGUAAACAAAACCAAGUCGAUAUCUCAUCGGGCCCAACAGAUAUUGAGAAAGUCGUGAAAGCACAUUUUACCCCUUUUCACCCCUUAGGGGUCAAAUUUCUAAAAAUCCCUUUUUAGCGAGUGUUAACGUCAUGGAAGGAAUAUACUCCUCGAAUUUCAUGGUUCUUGGUUUAGGGGUUUGGACUGUACGUUGA